AUGGCCGAUUCCUUCAAUCUCCCUUUGCGCCCAAUCCUUGACCAUAAUGACCGCCCAGACACAUUACCAGUUGAGAUCGCCCAAAUCAACAGCCAGUGGGGUUCCUUUCGCGAUGUGAAUGAAGAGGUCCUCCGAAAGAAGAUUGCCGAAGAAAAGGACAAGAAUGGGAUUGAUGAGGAGCAGAGCGAAGACGCGACCGAUCUGGACUCGACAGAGCGUGUGGAGCAGCUAUAUAAGCGGCGUGCCGACAUCACUCAGUUCGCCAUGCAAGCCCAUAUGGAGACUUUGUUCGCUCUCGAUUUUGUCUCUCUGCUGCUAUCGAAGCAGCUCCCACGCCAGGCCGAAACGUCUAUGUCGGCCUUCCUUAAGCAAGUCGCACCUCUCGGCUCCCUCAACGCGGAGGCCGUGAACCCUCCACCGAAGCCAGAAUCUACGGUGAAAGACAUUUCGGCGGUAUCGAGGGGGUGGCGGAUUCAGAACUUUAAUGGGGCUGCGAACAAGUUACUACAAGCUGCAUCUAGACUUGAAACCGAGGUCACGUCCGAGACGCGCUAUUGGAACGAGGUUUUGGCCGUCAAGGACAAAGGGUGGAAAGUUUCUCGGCUGCCCCGAGAAAGACAAGCGCUAGGCGUGCAGUUUGGGUUCCUGGAAGCUACGCCGGUUUUCCGCGACCGUGGGCUUGCCUCUUUACGCCGAGCCGAGGAUGGAAGUCUGCUGCUAGACAAGGGACUUGUUCCUUCAAAACCACGCUUCGUCCGGGUACGAGUGUUACAAAGCGGUCGGCUCUCAGGUUGUUCGCAAUCAACGAAUCCCACGCUCAGCGGCGAGGAAACGAUCGAGGGUCGCAUCCUACAGGCGCGAGACACUGUGUUCGAAGAAGAGCUCUUCCAUGAACUAUUUCGAGAAGCCAAGGCAAUUGCAGGCUUUGGCGUUACCACGCGCCAGAACCUCAUCCAAAUCCCCGCAUCUGAAGAUCUCGAAAUCUUGCUGGACCUAGUGGACGUCGAUCGAAACCACCUACAACCAGACCAUGGUACUUCGAAAGAAGGAAAUUCUAUUGCCGAGGGACUGGCUCAUACUAUUAGGAUCUUGUUGGCAUACGCCCACCGCCAAAAUCUGCAACGUCGAACACUUCUGCCACCACCUUUGACCCCCAAGAAGCGAACAAUCCCGGAGCAUCAACUCCUUCGCCCGGCUCUAGCCUACGUCCAGCACAUGUCCCAUACACAGUGGUUGCAGUCAUUACUGAGGGAUAUCUUCGGUGUUUUGCAAUCAGCACACAUCAGUCCCCCGGCGUACACGGCGAAUAUCUUUUCAACUGCGCAGGGAACAGCCUCCCAAGUCCCCACUGUUGAAGCCCUGAUAGAAAGCUUCCUCACACCCUUCGAGUCCACCUUCAAGGGGAAACUUUCAACCCCACGCGGCUCCUUUUCAAUCUCAGUUUCCACCAACCUUUCCCUGCCGCCCUAUGGCACUAGCUUUGACGUGUCAUUCGAAAUGCCAACGCAUCCAGACCUCAAGUCUCCCGGCAGUCUUUCCCAAAGAGAGGAAGUGGAAGCUGCCGUGACUCAUCUCCUAUUGCUUGAUGUCGUCUUCGCUAUCUCGUCCAAUGAAUCUCUCAGGAACAAACCUGAAAGUAAAGUCUCAGGUGCCUGGGAAGCGAUUUACCCUCAACACGGUGAACUCCUCUUGUCCUCUGAUCCCCUUAACCGCAAGAAAAUGAAGAUCAAACUCUCCCGCCAUGAGCUGUCCCUCGAGGCUUACACCGUACGUUGUUUCAAUGGUACCGGACUGGGGAAAAAGGAGGACCCUAUCGAAUCUGAAUCCCGGACGUGGAAGUCUUCAACUUCUUCCCAGUCUUUGAGGGACCAUGUUCGAGACAUUACACCCCACAAGCAAUCAGCCGAAGAUCGGGCCGAAGUCCCCUGA